UGCCCACAAAGAGGACGCAGCGGCUCCAUGUGUGUUGAGGCUCAUUAUUUGGCAACAGACGCGGCAGUGGGGAGGGCCGAAAAAAAAAGAGGAUAUCCCCUGGAUUUAAAAAAAAACCAACGAUUUAUCGAGGUUAACUGCAGAUUAAACAUUCCUUGGUCGACCAUCGGUGAAGAACGGGCGACAAAGCGACCGAGGGAUGUCUGAGGAGGCUGUCCGCAAGACGCGCAGCCAGAAGAGGGCGCUGGAAAAGGAUGCUCCCCCCGAGUCUAUAGAAACCUCGGAUGCUGACAAUGAAAGCAAAAAGCCUAAGUUGGACCCUUCUGAAGCCACAACAAAAGAACAAACUGAACCUGAACCCGCCUCUGUACUGGCACGGGAAGAUCAGAGCCCGAAUAUGGUUGGAUCAGAGCACGAAAAGGAGAAGGAGCAGGAGCAGAGCCUGUCUCCGUUGUCUUUAGCGUUACCUUUGGCCUCUCAGCCGGUGAAGGACGAUCAGGAGCAGACGCAGAGACAACAGACGACGGUUGAACCCAGCUCAGACAAUCAGACUGAGUGCAAUGACAGAGCCAGCAAGGUGAGGACAGAGACGGCUACGGAUACAAGAGGCCCGGUCCGACUGGCAGAGUCAAAGGCGUCCAGUGGCCUGCUGGCUGCAGGAGAGGUGAAAGCCACCAUUAAAGUGGAAGUUCAGACGGAGGAGCAGCCCGUGGACAUGAGCACCUCGAAAGGCAGUAUAAAAAGGGAGAAGCGCCCUCCGUCAUCUGAAGAUGACGAUGUCAUUGUCCUGUCAGACAAUGACUCCCCCAGUCCUCCCAUGAACGGCUUGAGCCACUUUAAGGAGCUGGACACCGACCUGCUAAUGAAGAGCAGCCCAGCAGAGAGGGAGCGCAUCAUUAAGCAGCUGGUGGAGGAGCUGAGACUAGAGGAGGCCAAGCUGGUGCUGCUGAAGAAACUUCGACAGAGCCAGAUACAAAAGGACACUCUCCAGAAACCCACUGGUCUGUCCGGCUCCUCCGCUCCUCCUCCUCUCAUUCGAGGAACAAUUACAAGCAAUAAAGGCACUCAGCAGAUAUUGACAGGCAGGAGUUCAGGCACCGUCAUUCCGCCGCCGCUGGUGAGAGGAGGGCAGCAGAUGUUGUCCAAACAUGGCUCCCAGAUUAUAAUGCCGCCUCUAGUCAGAGGGGCACAGCCCAUCUCUGUAUCUCCACAGCAGAUCCAGGCUCUCCGCCAGCAGCAACAGCAGCAGUUGGCUGCCUCUGGAGGCUCAGGCUCAGGACCCCCUCCUCUGCUGAUGGGCCCCAGGAACUCAUCCCCUGCAAUCCACGGCCACAGAGGCUUGGUCAACUCAGGCCUCAUUAGAAUUGGCACUAGUGCUCACACAAUGGCCUCGCCAUCCAGUUUGAAGAGCUCUUCCUCGGGAAGCAGCGGUGUGUCCUUGGUUAGCGUGAACGACUCUCCAGCCAGCCGCCAAGCUGCAGCUAAACUCGCCUUACGGAAACAACUGGAGAAGACUCUACUGGAGAUUCCCCCACCCAAGCCCCCUGCCCCAGAGUUUAACUUCCUGCCAUCUGCAGCCAAUAAUGAGUUCAUCUACCUGGUGGGACUGGAAGAAGUGGUACAGAAUCUGCUGGAUACGAUCCACAGAGGAAAGACAGGUGCAGCACUGUCCAAGAACAUUACCAGAGACCCCUUCACCUGCACCCAGUGCAAAACCGACUUCACCAGCCGCUGGAGGUACGACAAGACAAAAGGCGGGGCUGUCCUCUGUGAACACUGCAUGUCAUCCAGUCAGAAAAAGGUUUUGAAAGCUGAGCAUACCAACAGGCUGAAAGCUGCGUUUGUCAAAGCACUGCAGCAAGAGCAGGAAAUAGAGCAGCGUAUUUUUCAGCAGACGUCCUCACCAGUUUCCCACAGUAGCUCCUCAUCCUCUUCGUCGAUGAAAGCAGAGAGGGGGAUGUCUCAUCAGCUGAAGCAGGCUCACGCCAGAGCGUCUUCCUUCCAGCACCUCCACCAGGCCAGUCGAGGAGCCAACAUGGUUCACCAUCACUCUAUCAAGCAGAGCUCCCAGGGCCAGCUGUCCCAUGGUGUCUCAUCAUUGGGGGUGAGGGGCGUCUCCCACUCCUUCUCCUCCUCCUCCCAGCUGCAGAGUGCAGUGGCGGCUGCAGCUUUGGUCAGCCGGCCAGGUAAGCAUGCCCACGUUUCCCAUCGCUCUGUCCAGAGUUCAAAGGUGAGCAGCAGUGGAAUCGCCGGCAGCAGGAAUAUCAGCGGAGGUAGUGCCUCAUCCACUGCAUGGAAGAAGCAGAGCCACAGCAAUACAGGAGUCACUAUGGCCUACGUGAACCCCAGCCUGACGGGUCACAAGACGUCAGCCACGGUAGACGCUCGUCAGAGGGAGUACCUGCUGGACAUGAUCCCCUCUCGCUCGUCGAUCUCGCAGACUGCAAACACAUGGAAAUAAUUCAAACAGUACUCUAGUACUACUAAGUUUUUGUCCAAGUUCCUCAGUUCCAAUAAUAUGGUCAACAGCAAUCACCGGAGGACUGAAAAGCAAAUACAAUCUCUCAAAUUGAAGAAACCUUCCUUCCUUACUUUUUUUAUGAUUGUUGUUUUAGUGUUCUUAGUUUCUGUUGUUUAUUUUGAGAUUUGCUGUUCUCUGGUAAUGUUCAGAAACUAUUUUGAUUUGAUUGGGGGAAAAAAACAACUAAUACUUGAAAGACUACCCUCCGGGUUCUUCUGUCCUCCAGACUGGGUUGUUAAAUUAUUGUGUGAUAAGAGGCUAUGUGUGCAUUGAGUACUUUGAAAAAUUCAAAUAAGUACUAUGAUCUAGGCUUAUAAGCCCUUUCUGCCAAGAUGUGGGUCAAACUGACCCGACCUUUUGACACUUGAAUGGUUGUAGUCUUACCCAAGAGUUCACAUUUAACUAAAUACACAUUAGUUUUAAGCAAAUACAAAAUAACUGAGUUGUAAAAGUUUCAGUACAUCACCCCCGUAGUUAAAGGUUUGAAUUUAUUUUGUAUUUACAGUAAGUUAUUUUGUUUUUUUAAUUAUAUUUCAGUAUAUGAUGGUUUCCACAAAUGAAGAGUUUAUACUAGCUUUUUUUUCCUGUUAAACAGCAUGCCUUCCCUCAAGCACCUUAGCUGAAGAAGCAUGGUGUCUUAAUACAUCUGUAAUUACCAUCUGUAAUUUGCUUAUUUUAUAUUAAUGUCAACAUUGUAAGAUUAUUUUUGAGUGUUUUGUCAUUGCUGAGAAAAUGCAAACUCUGAAGAAGCUGAAUUGGCCACACUUGAACCAGAGAUAUAGCUUCAGACAAAAUGCAUACAACAAGGCCUGAAUCAGUUUUUAGAGGGACUAUGUCCCAGUUACCAAGAGUCUGGAACACAUAAGAUAUCUUCAUCUUGUACCCCUCACAAUAUGGCAUAAUCUCUCUGCUUCCCGAUUUUAGCUACAUUGUAAAAAACUUAUGUUAAAAGUUAUUUGGUUUACUUUUUUCCUAGCUCCUAAAUGAAUAAAAAAUUACAUUUUAAACAUG